AUGUCGAAGCCAUCAAUACCUGCCUGGCAGCGAACAGCAACCACCGACCCGCCAACUUCAUCUGCGGAACAGGAGCCGAAGCCGGAGAAUGCCGCAGAGGAUAGCACAAAACCUGUCGCAGAUGAGCCUGCGAGUUCAGCGGCUGCAGAAAAUGAUCUGAAGAGCACAGACUUGCUGGAGCAAGCGUCGCGCUUCUUGGAAGACCCAAAUAUCCGUAAUGCUCCACGUGAGAAGAAGGCAGUCUUCUUACAGGCGAAAGGCGUAUCUUCUGAGGACAUUGAGACGCUAUUGGGGAAGACGAUACAAGAGGAUGCGCCUUCAGACCUGGAAGAAGCUGGAGCUAGGGCCCGAUUGACAAUACCACCCAAACCAGUCGAAACAUCGCCUGCACCAUUACCUCAGCCUCGCGAAAUACCACCUAUCGUCACAUAUCCAGAGUUCCUUGCACAAACGGAGAAGCCACCGCCACUGAUAACAACCAAGCGCCUGGUGAACACAGCAUAUGUUGCAGGAGGUUUGAUGGCGACAAUAUACGGCUUGUCCAAGUACAUCAUUGCGCCAAUGGCGCAGAAUCUUGCUGAAGCACGGCAUGACUUUGCGGCGCAUACGCAAGAGCAGUUGAUGAAGCUGAACAAGAAGCUCGGUGAAACCGUUUCGGUCGACCCAGCCAGCAAAGUAAAGAAGACUACCUCAGAGGUCGGAGACGAUGUAUCAGAGGCCGACUCGGACCCAACAGAGUUAUACCAUCGCGACUACGGGACACAAACCACGCCCAACCUGUCGCGACGGCCCUCGCUCGCUGACACAGACGCCCACCCCACAGUAACAGCACACGAGAAACGAUUGAAGAUCAUUUCCUCGCAUCUGAACGAGAUUGCCGCCAAUCGAACAAACAGCCGCGUCUCUCACGAUUCGCUACAGACUAAGGUGUCAGACUUGACAAGCUACCUCAACGAUAUGAGCUACCAGAACCAGUACUACUCCAGUAUGGGAGGUUUGUAUGGAGGCAGCUAUGGUCUGCCCUCGGGCAAGGAUGGGAAGAAGGAUCAGAUAGAGAUCUUGAAGCAGGACAUUAGAGCGGUCAAGGGUGUCUUCCUUAGUGCGAGGAACUUCUCUACUGGUGGGCCACGCACCCCUGGGUCUCGCACACCUCCAACUGCAAUGCCAACUGGGAGACGGACACCGCCAAUGCCUACAGGAAGGGUUGGAACAUAG